AUGAGCAUCACUCAAAUCUCUUCAGGAAUACGUAAAGCGAUAAAAUUUCGAUCCUUAUUUCCUUUUUCGGAUUUUAAUCAUGUCCAAUCAGAGGUUAUGAAUGACGUAUUAUAUUCCGAUAAAUCAGUUAUAGUAAGUGCUCCCACUGGUUCAGUUGCACCGCUAAAAGCAUUAUGUAGUGAGCGUUACCUUGACUGGUCAAAGAAAUUCUCUCCACACAAGUUGAACUGCGUAGGGAUGACAAGUGAUACUAGCGUAGAGGAUUAUUACCGUCUGAAGAAAGCCAGUAUUAUCUUAACUACCCCAGAAAAAUUAGAUAUGUUAACAAGAACGCAAAAUCGUGCAAUCAUAGAAAGAGCAAGCCUUAUACUAAUUGAUGAGAUCCAUAUUCUCAACGAUAACACACGCGGAGCAACUCUAGAAGCAGUGAUAAGUCGUAUAAAAGCAUAUCACAUCUCAGCGAACGACAGAGGAUUUGCUGCUGAAGAAAAGCUUCGCUUCCUAGCAAUCUCUGCAACCAUUCCUAACGCACAAGACGUAUGUAGAAAUUCCGAAGUUAAUUAUAUUACACAUUAG